UCAUGAGUUGUGACGUCAUUGCGGAGCAGGACGACUGUGUGCUUCUAUGACAGCUCUUUCGUCCUACUUGUAUCUUUAGUAGAAUCAUGUUUGCGCUCAUUUAAGUCCAGGGUAACCACCAACUGAUAGAGCUAAAAAAAGUCCAAUAUUAUCGAGUGGUUUCCGUCAAGGUAUUUCGACAUUUCUGUAGUGUUUUGCCGCUGUUAUGCAUAUUAGCUUUAGCUCUGUAGCUAGCUGUUGUUUUUAGCAUUGCCAGUGCUAACCGGAAGCUAGUUUUAGGCCCUUUAGUUUUAUACUUUUUUUUAAAACUACUUUUGGUAUUUUGUGUUUCUUUGCCAGCAAUAAAAUGCCUGACAGCUGAAAGGGAGUUUUGGCUGGAGAUUUGACAUCAACGAUGACAUUAGCAGCAGAUGAGUGGCCCUGAUAAUCACACAUGCUCAGUUUUGAUGAUUGGGGCAAAAUGUCGUGUAAAUCAACCAAAGUGGCCCCCAGUGUUGACUUCGACCACAGUUGUUCGGACAGCGUGGAAUACCUCACGCUUAAUUUUGGUCCUUUUGAAACUGUUCAUCGUUGGAGAAGACUCCCUCCGUGUGAUGAGUUUGUUGGAGCAAGGCGCAGCAAACACACAGUUGUGGCAUACAGAGAUGCUAUAUACGUGUUUGGGGGAGACAAUGGAAAGAAUAUGUUGAAUGAUUUGCUGCGCUUUGACGUGAAGGACUGCUCAUGGUGUCGGGCCUUCACCACAGGAACUCCACCUGCUCCCCGCUACCACCAUUCAGCUGUUGUUUACAGCAGCAGCAUGUUUGUUUUUGGGGGCUACACUGGAGAUAUAUACUCCAAUUCCAACCUUAAAAACAAAAAUGAUCUUUUUGAGUACAAGUUUGCCACGGGGCAGUGGACUGAAUGGAAAGUGGAUGGGAGCUUGCCAGUGGCUCGGUCUGCACACGGCGCCACGGUUUACAGUGAUAAGCUGUGGAUAUUUGCAGGUUAUGACGGGAAUGCAAGGCUGAAUGACAUGUGGACCAUCAGUCUGCAGGACAGAGAGCAUGCAUGUUGGGAAGAGAUCGACCAGAGCGGUGAGAUACCUCCAUCUUGCUGCAACUUCCCCGUCGCUGUAUGCAGGGACAAGAUGUUUGUAUUUUCCGGCCAGAGUGGGGCCAAAAUCACCAACAACCUCUUCCAAUUUGAGUUCAAUGGCCACAUGUGGACCCGCAUUCCCACUGAACAUUUACUACGAGGAUCUCCACCGCCUCCCCAGCGGCGUUACGGCCACACAAUGGUCGCCUUCGACCGUCACCUGUAUGUAUUUGGAGGUGCUGCUGACAACACUCUACCCAAUGAGCUGCAUUGCUAUGAUGUGGACUCUCAGACAUGGGAGGUGAUCCAUCCCAGCCUGGACAGCGAGAUGCCCAGUGGAAGGCUCUUCCAUGCAGCUGCUGUGAUCCAGGAUGCAAUGUACAUCUUUGGAGGGACUGUGGACAACAAUGUUCGCAGCGGAGAGAUGUACAGAUUCCAGUUUUCCUGCUAUCCAAAGUGUACUCUCCAUGAAGAUUAUGGCAAACUAUGGGAGAACCGUCAGUUCUGUGAUGUGGAGUUUAUCUUGGGAGAACGGGAGGAGAGAGUUUUAGGACACAUUGCCAUUGUGACAGCGAGAUGCCAGUGGCUGCGCAAGAAAAUCCUGCAGGCUCGGGAUAGACAAAGACAGAGGACCAAACAGGAGAGCAGUGCAGAGAGCGAUGAGGGGGCCACAGGAGGAGGAAGCCAUGUCCCAGGUGGCCAAAGCCAACUACUGGAGGUAUCAAUCAGGGAAGCCGAAGCCCAGCCUUUUGAAGUCUUAAUGCAAUUCCUCUACACAGAUAAGAUCCUGUACCCACGCAGAGGUCAUGUUCAAGAUGUUCUGCUAAUCAUGGAUGUUUACAAACUGGCGCUCAGUUUUAAGCUCUCCCGCUUGGAGCAGCUGUGUGUGCAGUACAUUGAAGCUUCUGUCGACCUCCAGAACGUUCUCAGUGUUUGUGAAAACGCCAACAAGCUCCAACUUGACCAGCUCAAGGAGCAUUGCCUUAACUUUGUAGUGAAAGAGUCACACUUCAACCAGGUGAUCAUGUCGAGGGAGUUCGAACGUCUAUCCACGCCGCUUAUCGUAGAGAUUGUCCGACGAAAGCAACAGCCUCCUCCCAGGUUGUACUCGGACCAGCCGGUGGACAUCGGCACUUCCCUGGUGCAGGACAUGAAGGCCUAUCUGGAGGGAGGCGGCUUGGAAUUCUGUGACAUUAUUCUGCUGUUAGAUGGACACCCUAGACCUGCUCAUAAAGCCAUCCUGGCAGCUCGUUCAAGUUACUUUGAGGCGAUGUUCCGCUCCUUCAUGCCAGAGGAUGGCCAGGUAAACAUUUCCAUUGGAGAGAUGGUUCCAAGUCAACAGGCGUUCGAAUCCAUGCUGCGCUACAUCUACUACGGAGAUGUCAACAUGCCUCCUGAGGAUUCUCUUUAUCUGUUUGCUGCACCGUAUUACUAUGGCUUUUCAAACAACAGGCUGCAGGCGUACUGCAAACAGAACCUGGAGAUGAAUGUGACUGUGGAGAAUGUCUUACAGAUCCUGGAGGCGGCCGAUAAGACACAGGCCCUGGACAUGAAGAAGCACUGCCUCAACAUUAUCGUCCACCAGUUCAUCAAGGUUUCCAAGCUCCCCAACCUGCGAUCCCUCAGCCAGUUGCUGCUGUUGGACAUCAUAGAGUCUCUAGCGUCACAUAUAUCAGACAAGCAGUGUGCCGAGAUGGGCUCCGACAUUUAGGACGAUGGACGUUGACCACUUGCUGUUCUGCUGAGACAAGAUCCAUUUCAUCUGGUUUACCUUCAUUAUUCACAGCUUUCGCAUAGGAUAUUGGUUUAAUUCGGUGCCCUGUCACGAUGAUAUCAUUCAUUCGUUUAUCCUGCUCCGUUUCAUCUAUGAUAUUACACAGUAUAUAGUUGUCUUCUUGAAGGGUCUUCAUUUGUUGGCCCAUUUCUUCUUGAAAGAUCUUCAUUUGUUGGCACAUAUCAGAGACUUAAUUUUUUCUGGUGAUGAUUUGAGUUUGCAAACUUUCUAUAUUUUGCUGCAGACUUUUCUCAUCUUGAUUGUGUUCUGUUAUUGCUUUUUUCAGAUCUUUUUUUAUUUUUUGGGUGAUUUAAUGUGUUAUGAAAGGGACAAUGGAUGGAUGGAUUGUUCAGUUGAAAUUUUACCAGGAUGUUUUUCACAGGUUUUUUUCUAAAAUAAAAUGUCAUUGUAUUUUUGAUUGCAAUGUUGUAAGAAUAAAAUGUACAAAUAAAGUAUACACGCUUUCUCUUGA